AUGGGCGAUCACCCUCCUGCGAACGAUGGGAAGGGGAACAAAAUCAUCCUAGAGUUUCCAUAUGAGAGCGCCCCUCAACCAUUCUCUCAGAUGCCCACUGGUUCUGCUCAACCUGCUCGUUUUCGCCAAGAAUUUGGUUCAUCAUCAAACACUUCGCAAAUGCCAGCAACCGCUGCUAUACGACCAGAGAGACGCCAAUUAGAUGAUAUUCAACAGAGCAUUCAACCAAGAUCUACUCAGGAACAGCCCGCAUCUGGUCGAGGUCAACUUCUUGCAUCAAACCCAACAGCAUCACGAUCAAAUCAGCAAGAACGAUCAAACAACAAUAAUGCUCCUACAGCAAAUCCUGGUUUCGCUCCUGCUGCAUUAAGAAACUCGGGAUUCUUUGGUAAUAUGUCUGAUGAUCGUAAUACUAUGCUGGCAAGAGAUAGUAGUGGUGAAUUGGGUAAUGGCUUCCCAAAGAGAACUCGUAGUCUGGUCAGAGUCGGGGAAGUCAGAACCGUAGAACGACCUAAACCAAUGAUGAGAAAUGAAAACAUGGCUCCUCCUGCUGCUCGUGCUGGUGCUACCUCUACGCGGUUGGGACCGAUACCAAGUAAAGACCCACCAAAUCGAUAUACUCCUCCUGCUCCUUCUCAACGAGAGACAACUGGAUGGUGGUCAUUUACUGCUAAAGUCGUCACUUGUUGUGUUUGGCCAAUCUGUUUGUCUGCAGCUGGUCAAAAGGAUCUAGCCGUUCGACAAGCAUGGCGUGAAAAGGUUACCUUAUGUCUCAUCAUCUUCGCAAUGAGUUGUGGAUUGGGAUUCAUGACAUUCGGAUUACGUCCAUUGUUGUGUCCUAGUACCCAAACAACCUCGACUUCGGAUGCAUACUUCAACCAAACAGAUCAUUUAUCAAAAGUGUAUAGAGACGAUGUAGUCAUUAAUGGUUAUAUCUACGACUUUAACGAUACAGCUGCUAGACUCGCUUAUUACUCUGGAGGAACAAUCAUCCUCGAUGCAGACUGGCAUGGUCAAGAUAUUAGUAGACUCUUUAAACCAUUCAACAGCUCGAACGCUUGUAAUGCUUUUGCCAUGGUGGACACCUCGUCUUGCACCAUUCCAAACCCGUGGAGUCUAUCCUCGCCUAGCCUUGGACCAGUCAUUAAUGGAUUCUGUCCAGAUGUUACUUGGCUAGGGCGCCCGAAAAGUUAUGUUUGGUUUGCCUGGGACGAAGUAUUGAAGAAUGUAGCAGCGCCACAUGCUUUGACAGUAUAUAAUAGUCGUGUACUCAACCUGACGGCGUAUUACGCAAAUGAUACAGCACAUCGGUUUGUUGAAGCUUACUCAACUGCCACGCAUCAACUCAAUUCGUCAUUGGGUCGAGAUGGAACGUAUCUGCUAUCAGCCAAUCCUAAUAGUAAAGCAGCUAUCGCGUGUCUAACACAGCUUUAUACUGUUGGAUUUAUUGAUUCCGAGUCGCUUGGUUGUGUCUCUGCUGACGUGAUUCAAGGAAUCAUGCUAGCUGCUAUCUUGACUGUCAUAUUAUGUAAAUUCAUAAUGGCUAUUACGUAUCACUGGUGUGUCUCGUGGCGGCUGGUCCGUCAAAAUGUAGUUAGAUCAUAUUAUCGAGAUGAUUACCGUGACGUCCCUGAUUUAGCAUCACAAUGGGCCUUUGAUGCAAACAAGGCAGCUGGAUUGGGUCAGCCUAGUCUUGCACCGUAUGCACCAUCAGAUGAUUUUUAUACGUUUCUAAUGGUUACCUGUUAUUCAGAAGGUGAAGCUGGUAUUCGAGGAACUCUAGACUCGUUAGCCUUGACGCAUUAUCCAGACGACAAGAAACUCUUGUUUAUAGUAGCUGAUGGACUCAUCACUGGAAGCGGAAAUGAUCGUCCAACUCCGGAUAUAAUAGUAGACAUGAUGACUCGUGGUGGUCCCGGUCUUGAAGAUUUAGGUGGUGAUCCAGAACCUAAAUCAUACUUGGCUAUUGCUGAUGGUGCCAAGCAACACAACAUGGCAAAAGUAUAUGCUGGUCACUAUAUAGUCCGAACACAUGUAGUACCCAUGAUUGUCGUCGUCAAAUGUGGUCCACCGAACGAAGCCAAGAUUAAAAAACCUGGUAAUCGUGGUAAAAGGGACUCGCAGCUAGUAUUGAUGAAUUUUGUGUCUCGUGUCAUGUUUAAUGAUCGUAUGACGCCACUUGAUUAUGACAUGUUUAUCAAAAUCGCCAGAAUCACUGGUGGUGUAUCUCCCGAUCGCUAUGAACUAGUGCUCAUGGUAGAUGCAGACACCAUCGUAAGACCUGAUUCGUUGGCUCAUAUGGUCGCAGCUAUGAGAAACGAUGAUCGGAUCAUGGGAUUGUGUGGUGAGACUCGGAUUGCCAAUAAACGGGCUUCUUGGGUCUCUGCUAUUCAAGUGUAUGAGUAUUAUAUAUCACAUCAUAUGGGUAAAGCUUUUGAGGCUUUGUUUGGUGGUGUUACGUGUCUUCCAGGUUGCUUUUGUAUGUAUCGAAUCAAGGCUAGGAAGGGACCUGGUGGGCGUUGGGUCGUGCCGGUACUUGCAAAUCCAGAUAUUGUGGAUGAGUACUCUGAGAACGUUGUCGACACUCUGCAUAAGAAGAAUCUCUUGCUGCUAGGAGAAGAUCGAUUCUUGAGUACCUUGAUGCUACGAAUGUUUCCACGUCGUAAAAUGACUUUUGUGCCACAAGCUGUUUGUCGCACUGUCUGUCCUGAUGAAUUCUCAGUCUUGUUGUCGCAACGUCGUCGUUGGAUUAACUCGACUAUACACAAUUUAUUGGAGUUGGUCCGAGUACGAGACUUGUGUGGGACGUUUUGCUUUAGUAUGCAAUUCGUUGUUGCUUUGGACUUGAUUGGGACAUGUGUAUUACCAGCUGGUCUACUCUUCACCGUAUACAUGAUUGUCCAAGCCAUCUUUACUCGCAGCUUAGGUCUGCUCCCUCUCGCCAUCCUGAUCCUAACCACGUCACUCCCAGGAAUCCUAAUCGUAAUCACCACCCGGAAAAUGGUAUACGUGCUAUGGAUGUUUGCCUACUUGAUCGCGCUCCCAGUCUGGAAUUUCAUAUUACCACUAUACGCAUUCUGGCGCUUUGACGACUUUUCAUGGGGAGAGACCCGGAAAGUUGCUGGUGAAGGAGUGUCUGCUGAAGAUCAUUCUACACGUGAAGGGGUAUUUGAAAUCAACUCAGUAUCGCUGAAACGGUUUGCAGAGUGGGAAGUCGAGUAUGGAAGGUUGCCUGCUCCGAAAAAGACGGAUACGGCAUUAUUCGGUGGGACGACUGCUGUACCUAUGUUUCCAAAGGCUGUGGCUGUUAGGUCUGCUGGUGGUGUAGGAGGCACAGGUGCUGGUUUGGCAGAGGCUGCUGAACCUGAUGCGGUUGUCGUUGUACGUAAUCCGUCACCAGAUCGCAAUGGAGGGCGUAAACCGUCACCGCAGCGAAAUGUAGAGGUAGCACGUAAUCCAUCUCCACAACGAAACGUAGAAACAGUACGUAAUCCAUCACCACAACGAAACGUAGUAGUCGAAGCAGCACGUAAUCCAUCACCACGACGAAAUGUAGAUGAGUCAGUACAUAUCCCGUCUCCUCAACGAUUUGUAGAAGAAGAACGAAGAGCACUAGAAGCCACUGAAAAGAAGCUUGACUCUGAACGACGAGACCUUGAGCGACGAGAUCGUGAACGUGAGGAAAAGAAGGCUCGAAGAGAACGUGAAAAUAGCAAGAAGGAAGGAGACCGUGAAACUCGUCGUGACAAGGAACGCCAAGAGUCGUCUUCUCGUCGUCGAGAUAAAGAUUCAGGCACGUCAUCUAGUCGUCAUAGAGAAGAUACAACAACAAAGGAAAAACGAGAUCGUAGUGCUACCAAUAAUGAACGUAGUAAAAAGGAACCGUCCGCUGUUUCUGCUAGUAAAGAGACUAGAGAAGAGACUCGAGAACGACGACGACAACGACAUGACGAAAAGGAAGCUCGUAAACGUGAACGUGAAUAUCGAGAUGCUUAUCCUUCCAAAGCUAAAGGUGAUGACGUCGUACCCAUAUUGAGGAAAUCUGAAGAAGAUCAAGAUCGUCGUAAAGCUUUAUCUGCUGGUAAAUCAACAAGUAAUCAACCAGCACCACCAUCUCUACCACCAAAAGACACCACCAACAAUCGAGUAGCAUUUGCAUCUGAUAAACGUAGGAUUGUUGAAGAGUCUGAAGACGACGACGACGAUGACGAUUUGGAUGUAAAGCCUACUGCAGCUGUAUCAGCACGUCGUUUAGAAGAAUCACCUACUCGUGCCUUUGUAGCUGCACCACCAAGAGGAGAGUCAUUUACAGCUUCGCAAAGGAUGGGUGAUAGUCCGCCACGACCUAUUAAUGUAGCGGCAGAUGGUGGUGGUAGUGUGAGGAUGGCUGGUCCACGACCUCCACCAUUCUAA